GGCUAAUGGUGCGAGCGUGCCGGACAAUUUGAUGAAGAGCUUUAUUAAUGUGCUCCUUAGCGAGAACCAGAUGGAAUUGCCGAACUACGACUACGGGCUUCGUCUGAAGCUUGUUCUGAACGUUCAGAGCCCGCUGGCAGACUACUUCUUUUCUUCGAAUGGACAUUUGCUGCUGGUGAACUCCGAUCCGCACGCUUUCCAGCUGAUCCAGCUGGCGUCUUCCCCGUCGCAGUCCGACAUCGACGCCAAGGACGAGGGCAAGCAUAUAAAAUUCAUUCUGGUCAACGAGCUGGAGUGGUACAAAAGCAACAGCGGGGCAGUGACGCGGGAACUGUUCUAUAGCUACGAAAUGGGCUGUUUCCUGUGGCUGGACCAGAACGGUGGCUGUUGGAUAGUCCAGAAGCGUGGCGGGCCCGAUAACGUGGACUUCGUUGGUGAGCAAGUGCACCAUGCUGAGGACGGCAGGGUUGUGAAAUGUUUGGUGAACCAUUUUAAAAACCUGGCAUAUUUUGGGCUGGAGAACGGGGAUCUCGUGGUAGUGCAGCUGCUGCGCAACAUGACGGUGCAAAAAUUAAAGGUGGUGAAAAAACACGUUUCGUCGCAGGGGCUACGGGACUUGGUGCUCAGCCCGGACGGCGACUCGUUGGUCGCGCUGUACGAGAACGGCUGGAACGUGUAUUCGACGCUGGGGAAUCUGAAUUUCUCGACGUACGACUACGAGAGCGCAGCCUGGCUGAGACCCGACAACAUUGGGUUUCUGAACAAUUUCGAGCUGAUUCUCUCGGUUGGCAGCAAACUGUACAAGCUGAACCUGAUCACUCUUAACCACUCGCGGUUCCUGAGUUCGGCAACGUUUAAACGGCCCGUGCUGAUGGCCGCCGACCGGCUCUCGCUGUUUCGCGCACUUGACAAAAAUCUUAUGGACCAUUUGAAGGGCAAGUCCACAGUUACCAACAAGGAAACCAGUAUCUGGCUGGAUGUGAUGCUGCCGCUCUCGUUCUACAUCGGCAAUCGCGACAUCCGCUGCUGCGCGAUGAGCGACGACGGGAACAAUGUGUGUCUUGUUGGUAGCAGCGAUGUUUUCGUGUACAGUCUGCUGACUGACGAGUGGAAGGAGCUCAAGCUGACCGAAAAGGGCGAGAAACCAGACGUCAACCCGGUACGCGUGUGCGCGUGGUGGAAAAAUCAUUUAAUUCUAGGGUCCAGGACUUUUGAGACCGAGGCCAAGUCGGAGGUGAUUUUAUUUUCCACCAGAGUUCUCAGCAAAGGUGUUCCAUUCACGUACGAACAAAUUGUGUGGGGGUUCAACUUUGCCGAGACCGCGUUUGACGAGAACUUUCUGCAUCUCAAUAUCGACAUAGCCGGCGAUGAGCUGCUGGUCAUGAGCGACCGAUUGAACUGCUACACAUGGAAAAUGAGCUUCAACAGCCAGGUCCGCGGCGCAGGCUCGAUUUUGCUGAAAAAAUCGAACGUAUACCAGCUGCGCAACUGUUUUGAGGACGACAUCGAGUCUGUGGUGCGCAACUUCAGGGCUGUCGUGAAAAUCAACGAAGACGACCUGCUGGUGCUGUCGAACUGCGAGCUGGCGUACAUCCGCAAAGAAGUUUUAUCAGCGCGCGAAAAGGCCGUCUAUCAUUCGUACCACGUGAGUUCUACCGUGGAGUACGUGGCAAAGCUGACGCCGAACGUGGUGGCCGUGUUUGACGGCUGCGAGAUCUGGCUAUACGACUUCACAAACGAGAAAAACAUGAUGAAAAUCCUGCCCAUCGCUGUCCAGACCGGCAACCAGACACAGGUGCGCGAAAACGGCGUGCUGCUGGUGGAGUCUAACGGCACCAACUCUUAUCCGCUCACGAUUCUGAGCGACAAGAACAUGAUCUUUGGCAUCGAAAUCGACUCUGCUCAGGGCUCGAACCUCAAGGUGGAGCCGACGCGCAAAAACUACCUCAAUAACGUUCUGGACCACUAUAUCCGGCUCAAUCUCGAAGUGGACCAAGGCAAUAACAGCAACAUCCUGAGCUUAUCCUCGAUCUACAAGCGGUUCCACCGGUUCAAGCAUUUUGUGUUUGUUCUGGAGCUGCUGUUGAUGAAUUACAUCCAGAAAAGCUACGAGGGCCACGACGACGGGCCGGAAUAUUUCGACCGGCUCAUCAAGCUCAUCAAGAUGACAGGCAUCGAGUAUUUGGUGUACCUCAACUGUCUCAAAAAGAUCGAGGUCCACUACUGGUCCACGUUUUUCUCGCGGUACUCAGAGACUCCGCGAGACAUGCUUUCCAAAAUAUACAACCUUGACAAGGAUUUCAAGCUGUCGGCGCACUACUUUAUCAUCAUGUUGAAUUACGAGCAGACAGACGACAAGAUCGGCGAGAAGGACGUCCAACUCAUCAACGACAUUCUUGUGAAGCUGGUGCUGACCAAAGAUUUCGAAACGUCGUUCGAGCUCGUGCGUUUCAUCAAGUUGAUCGACGACAAGAUAUGCAACCGCAUCAUCGGUAGCCUCGAGUCGGAACUCAACACCUACUCCAAUGGCCGGAUAAACAAAUAGAUAAUAAAUAGACACGCUAUCUAACUGGCUCCCUUGAGGAACUUGUCGAUGAAGGAGUCGUUGGCGGUGGUGUCGUAAGAGCUGAACGGCUCGAAGUACAUCAUCACGUGGCAUCGCUGUUUCCAGAAGUUCACUAGCUCUUGGAACUCCAUCUGCGCUUUCAUGUACAGUACGUUCUGCACGGCCAGGUCGUUGACAAACCGGUGUCUCUCAAACUCCUGACGGAUCUUGGUCUUGACCUGGGAGGCAGGCAAGUCCAGGUCGUAGUUAUUGACAAAGUUCCGCGAGUGUCUCAAAUACCGUCUAUACAGAUUGAGCACGCGAGUUCGCAUCUCUGCACUGGACGUGGAAAACCGCGUGGUCGCUGCAAAAGCUGUAGGAAGCGUCAUAUCAAGAGAGAUAAGUUAUUUU